GGAAAGCUUUUCCCGGGGCUCUGGUUCCGGCCGCAUGUGGGUGGUUUGUCUGGGGGCGGCCCGGCGCUGUGAGCGCUGUCUGUUCCCCGAGCAGGUCUCCGUGCUGUAUUUCGCCCGGAGCGCGGAGCUGGCGGGGCUGCGCAGCGAGACCCUCUCGGUGCCACAGCAGAUCACCUCUCUGCAGCUCUGGGAGGAGAUCGUCAAGGCCCACCCCAGGCUUGCUGUCAUCCGGGAUCAAGUGGUUUUUGCUGUUCGGCAGGAAUACGUGCUUCUUGGGGAUCAGCUCCUGGUCCUGCAGCCCGGAGACGAGGUUGCUAUCAUCCCACCAAUUAGUGGAGGCUGAAUCUGCCCAGAUUCUGUUGG